AUGAUUCUAGAUGUUGCAAUACGGACUGAAAACCUGUUACAGCAGCUCUCAGCACAGCUGGUUUGUCACAAUUCCGUGUAUAAUUGUUCUCUUACUCAAUGGCGGCAGGCACAAUCAUCUCACCGCAGCUCGGAAAAUGCUGCUUCUGUAACAUCCCCUCAAGUUGCUAUUUCUCCAGGUACUGUCAGCAAUGCAAAUCGCGCCGCAGGGUCUCCGGAUCACGUUUCCAACGCAAUCAUAUCGCCACUUCACGCGUCGACGACCGAGUCCAUACUCUCAUGGCCACAUUUCGCCGAGUUUCGCAAUCUAAUUAAAGAGAGCAAAUUCUCUGUUUUCCAUCUUGAGAAUAAGCGCUAUCCAUUUAUGCCACAAUCCCCCAUGAGCCAGCCUUAUUGUACCAAGAGAGAGGUGGAAAGGGUUAUCCGAUGUUUCGAGCGUGGAAUUAACUUCUGGUAUCCAACAAUGACUAGAUCCAAAACUCGUGAACUGGAAGCACACAUAAUUCAUGGCAAUUUUCAGGAGACUACGGAAUCCUGUCUGGCAUUGCUAAUCAUGGCGCUAGGGUGUGCGAGCGCCCUUGUGCAAUCAGUCGCAACUAAGGAAAUUCACGAUGGAAAUAUUGAAGAAUUCCAAAACGAGCAGCGAAUACUCGGUACGCUAUUUUUUGACUGUGCAUUCAAAAGAAUCUCGUUGGUGCAAGCCGAGUUCACGGCGGAGGCGGUUCAAUGUUUGUUCUUUGCUGGGUAUGACUCUCGAUAUAAGAUCUGCACGAAUUUAUUGCAGUCCUCCUCUUCUAACGCCCAGCAAAGGCUCUACUUCUCUUUUCUUCAGAGGCCCCUUCAAGCGUGGUCAUUCAUCAGUGCAGCCGCAACCAAAUGCAGACUUCUGCUAUCCUACGAAGUCGAGGAACAAAAUCCUGCGCAGGCAGAGUGUCUUCGCCGAGUAUUCUGGUCUUGCUACAUCCUCGAAAGCGACUUUCUCGCAGAAUUGUCAGCCCUUCCUCAAACCGGGAUCGCCGAGAUCGAAUCGUCGAUCCCCCUCCCAAGCGAAUAUUGCACCCAAGAGUCCCAAGCUGACCAAGAACAAUCAUCCCUCUAUUUCCUCGCAUGCAUAUCAAUGCGUCGACUCUUGAACCGCGUCCACGAUCUUCUAUACGCCCGCGAUGCAGGUGUAGGAUUCGACAACCAACAAUUCCCAUCCGUUGUCUCGGAGCUCGGGUAUCAGCUAGAAGAGUGGAAAGACCUUCUCCCGUUCAAAUUCCAAUUCGUCGUGAACCUCGAGCCAACACGUUCCACCGAAGGUGCCUUUCUCCGCCAACGCUACCUAACCUGCAAAAGCGUGAUCUAUCGCCCGUAUCUAACGUGGGCGCUGUCAAAUAAAGCCGGACUGGAACAAUGCUCACCGAUCGUAUAUGAAGGAUCACGACUCUGUCUAGAAGCGUGCUGGAUGCAUGCGCAGAAUCUGCGAAGUUUACCACAUACGAUUAUGGUUGAUACUUGGAUCUGUUCUUUAUCAAUGGCAUCUGUCAUACUCAUCACCCUUGCCGCCUCUCGAGUUCCCGCAUUAGGACAUCUCAUAUCCCGCGACAUCCUGGACAUUGGUCCACAUGUGCAUGAUCUCCUGACCCGAUGGAUGAAUAUUCCUGGUGGCGAUGUCUCCCCCAGCGUUCUGGAAAGCACGAAGUUGAUUGCGAAUGUAUCUACUCUGUUGAAAUUGAGUUGGCAUGAACGUGGAAUUGGAGAAUAA